CUAAAUAUGGCGUGUCGUUGACGUUCAAGUAACUGGCGCCAAUUACUGGUCAAUGUGUAAAUCAGCUAUAAAGACCUAAAAAUAGUGCGUCCUUUGAGGUGGCAGAUUUGAUACAAUUUUGAACUUUACUUGCGUUACUUAAUAAGAUUCUGAAGGGGCAGUUUGUAGUAUAGAAUACGAAACGCUUAUAACGUAUUUUCGCAAUGUUUUUGUUCUGAGACCUAUGCAUUUCCCGAGUAUCAACCGGCAAAAAUCGAUAAGAAUUAUUUGUGCACACACCAUAUAUGUGGCUCUCUACAAAAGACAUUCCUCCAAGGGACAAAUGACCUUUGGGGUAAAGUCCCUUUAAAAAUAAGAACCAAACCGAGACAUUCCUCCAGUUUUAAGGAUCCAUAACAAUGAUCUUCAAAAGUUCCAUCGUUGCUUUCGCCGGUCUGUUCUUUCUAGGAUCGAUCCUCACAGCACAGCACAACACAAAUGAAAUACUCUCCAGUCACCCUUACAAUUUUUUCCGAUACUUUCACAUGUGUUUCCCUCGAGCAGAUCAAGAGCACAAACCUCCUCCGACAACGUUAGACCCCGCUUCAAUAUACAUCCUAUACGACGUGAAUCCCCCGGAAGGUUUCAAUCUGCGCCGGGAUGUCUACAUCCGACUGGCAGUAUUUUUGCGUUCACUCAAGCUUCGCCCUGGCCACAGCAACGCAAAGCUUGUUCUGCCACCCUGGUCGGAGCUUUACCACUGGCGGAGCAGUAUUUUGAACCAGCUGCACAUCCCAUGGGGCCACUUCUUCGAUUUGGAGUCGAUGAAACGAUACGCUGAUGUUAUCGAACUCCACGAGCUGUUCACCGAGCAUAAGCUCAGAUUCCCUGAAAAGCCCUCCAUUCGGAUAGAUGAAUAUUAUCAGCUGCUCAACUUUGAGGAUAUGUUUGAAAACGGUGUGUUUGUGGACAAAUUCGAGCGAAAGGCUUGUACGAAAGGGCCACUGCCACCGGUGGGGGGUGUGCAUGGCGUGAUGGGCUAUCGGAACAUCACCAUUGACGACCGGAUAUGUGUUAAGUUCCAGGGCUCGGCAUCGCUUCUCUUCAACAUGUUUGAAAAAUUCAAGUCGUCAACGGCCGGACAGUUUCGCAUUAUUUUCAUCAACAAUGCCGAAAUCGUUUUGCACGAUUACUGGGGCAACGUGGAUUAUUGGGAAGCUCGCCGCUCGUUACGUUUCAACGCUCAGCUAGUGCAGGAAGCGAACCGAUUCCGGUUGGAGCAAUUCAAUUCCACAAACGAGUGGGAUCGUGUCCAGAGACCGGCUUCCUGGACCGAUGAAAAGCCCUAUCGCAGAGCGAGAGGAGGAGAGUAUCUGUGUGCUCACAUCAGACGAGCCGAUUUUAUGUACGGACGAGAGCGGACCACUCCCACGCUGUACUCCGCUGCGAUACAGAUCAAACGAAAGCUGCUGGAACUAGGGCUGAGGAAAAUUUUCAUCUCGUCCGAUGGAUCCAAGAUGGAUUUUCACGAAUUGAAAAACUAUCUGAAACGAUUCAAAGUUGUCCGCUACGUGCCGGAAAGCCAGCAGGAGCUGGCGCGUUUCAAGGACGGGGGUGUGGCCAUCAUUGAUCAGAUUAUUUGCUCGCAUGCGCGAUUUUUUAUCGGAACGUACGAAUCCACCUUCACGUAUCGAAUCUACGAAGAGCGUGAGAUACUAGGCUUUCCGAAGGAUCUUACCUUCAACACGUUCUGUAGAGAAGAAGAGACCACCAACUGUGAACGCAAUUCGAUCUGGCCGAUACAGUAUGACUGAACUACGUGCGGAGGGAAUAUUUACUGAUAUCUCAAAUGGUUGCAAUGAAACUAGCUUCAGCUGCGAGUACAAUUCAGUCGACAAAGACAGCCGACGACAUCGGGAUGUGCCAUAUUUAGAGUUAAAAAUAGGACUAGGUUUUAGUUUUCUACUUGGACGUGCAAUCAAAACGUUUGUUUCCUAAAAUGUAUGGUAAUGACGAAUAAUACUCAAAGAAAUACAAGUAUAUUCAGUUUCAGUAUACAA